GGCCGGCGCCUGCACUGCCAGCUUGGUGAGGCCACUGAGGUCCCAAGGAUCUUUCAUUUUAAAAGAUCCUUGCUAGAGUAUUUUAUAACUCGUGGCUUGGCCUGGUCACUCCUGAAAAGUAGAAGUAGGACCAUAUUCAGCUUGAUUCAGCUAGCUGACGAUUUUUCAUUGGCUUAUUUCCUAUUUGGCUAGAACUAUGCUAUAAAGAGGCUUGCUUGUGCCAUCGCCAUCUGAUCAGGAAGGCCCUUCCUACUAAUUCAAUAUUGGUCAAUUUGAUAACACGACUGUAAUGCAAUGGAGGAAAAUAAUUUGAAACCCAUCUUGCAACCACCUGAUAAUAAGCAAGUGACCUCCGAGCUUUCAAACUUCAGGAAAGCUAAUCUGGGCUUCUUUGAGGCAGAGGGCCUGAAGAAAAAUGCAGACAACGUAUUCGUGCUUGUUGUACAUUAUCCUUUUGAGGCAGGAAAUGAUGUGUAUCCACAACGUUUAGGCGAUGAUAAAGACGUAGAAAAUCUAAGAAAAACAUUUCAAGCAAAAAGGAAGUGUGAAUUUUACCAGCUUCAGUCACCUAGAAAGGAUUUCUUGCUGGAAAUGCUGAAAAGUGAAGAUGAAAUCAAGAGAUGUUUUAAAUCAGAAGAUAUGGAGCCAUCAGUUUUCUUCCUAUACAUAUUAUCUCAUGGUUUCAAGGGCGGUGUUAUUUUUACCGACACUCUUCUUCAGAAUGAACCAGUAACUUAUGAAAAUUUCACUACAAAUGAGGUCUUUGAAUCUGUGGUGAAUACAUUUCCAAAUUGCCUGAAGUUCUUAAUUCUGGGGCCUUGCCGAGGGCAGUUGCGUGAUAGCGUACAUGGAAAUGUGGAUGAUGCACAGUUAGUGUACAAUCAAGAUAGCUGCAAAAUUACAUACGAGCCAAACAUACGUAACUUAGUCAUCCUGUAUGCAACAGUUGAAACCACGACAGCUAGAAGAGAUGAUCUCACUGGUACUUGGAUUGUGAGAUAUUUUUGCGAAGAGCUGAAUCAAAUGAAGGAAUCUAAAAGUGUUUUACACUUUCUGACGUCUGUUCAACAUAGAAUUCAUGAAAGGUCUACGACAUUUAGCAACGACGGUCAAACACCAGAAUUAAAAGUUUUCCCAGCGGACACAAGUUUUGCUUUUGCUCCUCUUGACAUGUCUGAUAUUGAGAAUGAAGAAAAUUUAAGUGAGGGAAAAGAUGCUGUAGGCCAUCUACCAUCUGAAGAAGAAAUUUUAUACUUGUUGAAGAAGGAUAAAAACAUUGACUUCAGUUGGAGGAAUCCCAUGUCUGAAGCCAUUAUCAGAAGGAGACGUGCCAUUAUUUUUUAUCAAGGCAAUGCAGAAAUGGAUGAAAUAGAGAAUCUUGAUUUAGCAAUAACAAGAAAUCUGGGGUUUGAAACAAUCCGAGUGAAAAUAAGCACGGAUUCGCUCUCGCAUUAUUUUAAACAAUCUGAAGAAGAUUUGUGGCAUAAAUACGGCUGUUUUAUGGCUUUUAUUUUUGCUGAAAUUAGUGAUCAGGAUGAUGGAAAAAUCUGUAUAAAGGUGAAUGGCGCGAUCCAAAAGCCAGCUGGAGAAAUAAUUCAUGGUCUAUUAGGGCCUAACAACAAGGAUUGGAUUGGGAAACCAAAGCUAUUUUUCUUCAUAGAUACAGAAAAUACUGAUCACGACAGCGUCAGCAUUGGAAAAGCAAGUCCAUUGACCGAAUUGACAAAUCUUGCAAAAAUAAGGGCCACUAAUCACAGUUCCUGGCUUGCAUUUAUACUUAGAAAAAAAGAUGAUAAUGUGCGUCGAGAAUUAUUCAAAAUCUUCGCAUGCUCAAAGCUGAGAAAUGACGAAAGCUUGCAAGAACUACUGGGCAAGUUUUUUUGCUCUGUGAACUUGCGCAGAAAUGAAAAUCAGCAAGAAACUAUAGGCGCAAUACUUGUGUCGACGUUGCCACACUUGCUGAAAUUCCCUGAUUUGGAGAGAAAUUUCGUCAAACCCCACUUCACUGGAAAAUUUGGCUCCGUCAACAUAGACACAAUAGAUUAUCAUGAACUUCUUGUUCGUGCAACAUUGAUGAAUACAUAUAACUUGUGGCUUUUAUCCUCGUUACCUGGGUCAGGAAAGUCGACAGUGAUGCGUGAGAUAGCAUACGAAUUGCAAAGUAGAUUUAUUGGUGUAAUGAAUGUGUUUUUCGUUGCUCUUAUAGACAUAUACAAGUUUGUCUCAUCCAAAAAGAAAUGUCCGUCCAUUUCUGCUGUUUUAGCCCACGCGACCGGAAAUCACGAGGUUGACAUUAUAAAUAUGAUUUUCAAGAGAAAGCUGAUAGUGUUUUUUGAUGGAUUUGAUGAAAUGUGCCCAAAGCAACGUAAGAAAAUGUUAGAGAUAUUUGUAAAAGCUGUAAACAAAGAAGUACCUAUGUGGAUAUCAACGCGGCCUCAUGAAGAAUCUGAAAUCCGUCGCAAGUUUCUAGGAAAAAGUGUAAAAACUUAUGUAAAUGUAAAAGUGAUUCAAAUAUUGCCGUUGGACAAAUUUAAACAAAUUGAAAUGAUGAGAAAAAUUUCAAAUAGAGACGAAAAAGAUUCUUUGCAACAGAUAGAGGUUUUCGAAAAAGCAGGGCACAGUGAUAUUUUAGGUAACCCUCUUCACCUGAAAUUGAUUGCUGAAAUAUUAGAUUCUUCAAAUCUUCAAAACGGGUUGAAUUUGUUCGAAAUAUACCAGACAAUAAUUUACACGAAAGUUCGCGAAGUGAUGAAAAAAACUCACAAAGAAGAUGAAGCCCAUUUUGAUGAAAAUGUUAAUGAACAUGUCGACGAACUGAAAGAUUUAGCGGACAAAUACUUAAAAAAAACUGUUUUAGUGGAUGCAAAUUACGAGAACUUCAAAAAUACUUUUACUGGUAUUGUUACAUUUAGAGGCGGACAAUUCCGUUUUGUUCACCAAACGUUUGCUGAAUUUCUCGCAGCGAAAAGUUACAUCGAUUGUUGGGAAAAUGAAAAUUUGGUGUCCUUUGAUGACAUUUUUUGUGAUGGUUACAGACAGGUUAGAAUGUUCAUAAAUAUGUAUUUUGCCUCAGAAUCUGGUGAAAAUUUGCUCCCGACGUUUUCCAAAUUAUUAAGCAGAAGCAGAUCAAUUUAUAUUGCUCUAAAUAUAAUAAUUGUAGAAAAUCUCUUUGCAAUUUUUAGUUUAGUUAAAAAUCAAAUUAAAUUUGAUAAAAAGUUCAAGAAUGUAAAAGGCAAAAUGUAUUUUCGUUGUAGCGAUGAAUUGUUUGAAAAAGCAUUGAAUGGGAAAGAAAUUUUGAUGCAGCUAUUUGAAAUUGGCGCUUUAAAAAAGCUAAAAGAUUGCGAGAUAGCAGUCAAAAUAUUUACCUCGAAGCUGAAGGAAAAGAAUGUAGAAUUUUUAAGAAAAAUGACUCAAUGGAGUGAAGACUCAGAUAUGAACUUACUUCAACAUGUAGUUCGAUCAUGCCAAUUAAGAGAGCUUAUCAAGAACGUUGCUGUAACCUCUGCUUUCGAGAAUCACCAUGCUAUGCUAUCGUUUAUACUAGACAUGGCUCUGCUCGAUGAUAAUGUAGCUAAAAGUGAAGCUCUAGAGGUAGCCAUAAAAAAUAACAGUGCCACGUGUGCAGAAUAUCUGAUACGUUUUGGUGCCUGCAUAGAGACUCAUCAUCUAACAAACAUUCCACCUUUAAACUUGGACACUGUUGAAGCUCUUUGGCCUGCCACGAUAAAUAAUAGCAUCACCAAAGAAAUGCAGAAGCUGAUUUUUGAAGUGGCUCUUGAAGACGGAAAUAUAGAUGUUCUUAAGUUUUUAGUUGGUCGAAAUCAAAACCUUCUGCAUCAAACACGUGAAUCUGGGAAGAACGAUUUGCAUUUUGUCGCAGGUUCCAAGUCUAAUGCAUCAAAUCUAGCAGCAGUUUGUCGAUGGCUGAUAGAAGAAGUUGGCAUCAACGCUGAUAGCAUAGAUUUUGAGGGUCGUAAUGCUUUGCACUAUGCUGCAGAAGCAGGAAAUCUUCCAGUGAUUAAAACCGUUUUAGAAAUCGCUCCCGAGCUCCUACAUUCAGUUACUUUCAAUAGUGAGAAUGCCUUGCACUUCAUAUCUGCGAAGCCAUGCCCUCUGAGCUACAUUGAAGACGAGAGUGUUAAAAUUGCUACAUUCCUGCACGACAGGGAUGCAUCCCUCAUAAGGCAAGUAGCAUUGACAAACGAAACGGCUCUUCACAUGGCAGCAAAUGCAGCAAAUGUAAAAAUGUGUAAAUGGUUGGUGCGGAACAGAGUGGAUUUAUUAGCCGAGAAUGAUAAUGGGUGGAAUGCUUUUCACUGCUUGAUGACACGAUCUUCUGAUGCAGCAGUUCAAAUAGCAGAUUUCUUGCUUCGAAAAGAGCCUAGUUUUCUUCAAGUGAUGACGAGAGAUGGGAGAACAGUCCUCCACCUUGCUGUCGGAGAAGCACAUUAUGAAAUGUGCCGAUUAUUGCUUACAUUUGAAGAACUACAAGUUGACGCCAGAGACAAUAACGGCUGGAACGCUCUGCAUUACGCUGCUGCGAUGAGCAAUGCUAAAAUAGCGGAUUUGUUGCAUAAAAAGAAUUCAGGACUCUUGGACCAAAAAACCAAUAGGGAUGAAACUGUGUUGCAUAUUGCAACCAAAUACAAAAAUAAAGAAGUCUUCCAUUGGCUUGUUAAUGAUCAACAAGUGGACACUUUAGUGCAAGAUGUCGAUGGAAAAAUUGCUGCAGAUUAUUAUGAAACUAACGAAUCAAACUCUUAUAGUUUUGAUUCGGAUAUUGAUAUGGACGAUGAUGAUGAUGAUUUCGGACUUGGUUUCAGGUGGAGAACAUACGAAGAGGAUUCUUCGAGUUACAUUACUCUUUCAACAAAUCGUGAAAAUUCUUGCAUAUUUUCAGUCUUUCAGAGUUGUUUCAGCGUUUGCCGAAAAUGAUGUGUAUUUUUAAUGAGAAUAGUGAAAAAGUGCGAAAAAUUUUACGCCUAUGCUCCAAUAAAGUCGAGUGUGUUUAAAAUUACCUUUCUUUUAUUUGCUGCGCGUUGAAAUAAAAUUUUAACCCAUUUUAUUUUUCAAUUUGCAGUUCACUUGGCCACUGCAGAGCUCAGAUUUACAAAGUCCUCACAAACGAGGAUUAUUCGAAAAUUCCAGCCGGUAAAUUAAUAAUAACUCGGCAAAAAAAUGCGACCUUUUAUUUUUAUUUUAUUAUUUGUUUUUCUCCGAUUCCUCUUUGAGGAUGUUUUUUGUUUUGUCAUUUAAAAUUUAUUAAGAUUUUUUAAUGUAGUUCCUCAAUUUAAUUUUAGAAAUAUUUAUAUUGAACCGGUUUGUUCUUAUUUUUAGAGCAAAUCAAUAAAAUAUUUACGGUAAUAAGAAGAAGGUGUAAAAAUUUACAUUUUCCAGACAAAAAAUUUCAGCGCCGUUUUUGCCAUUGGCUACACUUUCCUAUGAAAGCUAGGUUUUUGUUUCUUUUAAGGAUCUUUUUGUUUCUACAAACAUCACCCUAAAAAUCGAUGAAGUAUUUCUUUUAUAGCAAACCCAUUUAUAUAUCUGGUGUCCACGCGAAAUUAUUAUAUAUUUUCCUACAAUUGAUCGGCAUGAGGUUUCUGCGUAUCAAUAAUUUUAAAUUUGAGAUUACUACAAAUUAAAAAUCUGAUAUUUGAAAAGUAUAGUAUACGCAAACGUUGCAAGCGAUGAAUGAAGCACUCAGGUCGUUUCUUCAGAAUGCCAAAAACGUGUGGAUUUUUUGCAAUUUGCUGUUACCCUAGCAUGUAUUUUCAGCAUUGUACAAAUUUUUUUUCGGACUCCUGUAUUUUUGGCAUUUUUUUUUUGUAUGUUUGUACUUUUGUAUGACGAUGAUUCCGCUUUUUUUGUACAGCGUACUUUUUUACGUUGUAAGUACCAUGAAUGGAGAAUAAAUAAAUAAAUAAAUGAAAAUCUAUGGAGGUAAAAAUAUAAAAAUACAAUUGCUCGGAGAUAUCUAACACGUGGGAGCGCCAGCCAAGCGAAUUUUGAUAACUUAUAAAGGAUUUUUUUCUUUGUUUCCAUCAAAGGUUUGAUUACUUCAUGAAAAAUUAUUGUUUUUGAGGAAGCUCCAAAGAAGUCAAAAUAUUGACCCAAACAAAAUUUUUAAAUCCCUCCGUAGACACUAAAAGUGAGUAUUGAAAAAUUUUCUUGCUAUAUUAUGUCUGAAAAUGCUGAGAUCUAACAUCUAACCCUCCAGAAAUUUUCUUAAGUUGUUGUGCAAUCAGUCCAACCCAGCUUCUAGAUUUUUUUUAAAUAUUUCUCGCAAAUUUUUCAUUUUGCGUAAAAUGAUAUCGUCAACUUGAGUAAAAAUGGCCCCCAAGUUAAACAAAUUUAGACUAUUCUUUGUGUUAAUUAACAUUUUUUUGAUACUCAAGAUAAAAUCAACAAUCCAAUGGCAAACACCCAAACUUCCUUUUAUUAUAUUAUAACUCAAUAUUCGAUAGUGUCAAGUGAUCGCCUCACAUAAAAAAGAAAGAGGCGCGUCUCCACUUUUUUUACAUGAUUUCCAAAGAAAUGGAAAGAGCACACAAGUGCACUCUUUUUCCACGUUCUUUUAAGAAAAAGCUCGCUUUAGCCAUGUCAAAAAAUGACGCUUGAGCUCUGCUCGAGAGCGAUCCUCAACCUUGAAUAUGUGCUAAAGUUUAAUGAAAAAAUAUAAAAAGCGGACGAUCGAUUAUCAUCUACAUUUUAAAUAUCCAGAAGAAACUGUGACAUCUAUGAUAUCCAAAUUUUACUAUGAAAUCUGAUAAUAUUCAAGCAGAUAAAAAAAAUUUAUAAUUUGUAUGUACACUACAACAUUUUUGAACAUUAUGUACACAUAACUGCGAUAUGCACAUAUAAUUGAAUUUAGGCAACCGAAAAUAUCUGACACUCUAGGCUAAGAAAAACAAAAAACUCACCAAUUUACUUUACAAAAACCACACGCCUUAAAAUUGAUUAAGAAAAUUAGUGGAUCGUUUGAAGGGCAAUUAGACAAUUUUUGCAUGAUUUAAUCUGGUUCAAAGUCAAAAAGCCGAAACUGGUGUGAGGCAUAAUGAGGCAUGAACUAUUUAUGUUGUGGUUUUUAUAAGCCAAUGUGAAAUCAGAGUACGAUCCAAUAUUAAAAUUUUGGUGGAAAGCAUAUACGUAACAUAUGCAAAAAGCUUUAUCAAUAAAAUUAAAAUAUAGAUAAUGAUCCUAAUUAUUUACGUAAUAUGUUUCUUAUAAAAUAUUUAAAAGUGCUGGGACCGUUCAUGAAUGAUUGACCGCGAAUUGGCCUAAAUUUUUGGUUCACAAUGCCAUUCUGUAAUCAAAGUAUGUUGUUCGGGUUGAUAAGAGGGUCCUCUGACUAAAAUUUGAAAUCAAAAUUUUGAAUACUUUUUUUUGGAAUUCGGGUUUUUUGAAAAAGUCAAAAUUGCAAAUAUCUUUGCUUCUAGUGGGAAUUUUGAUCUGCUCUCUUCUCUUUCUAGCGUAACUUUUUAUUCUGAACAACUUUUUUGUUGACCAUUUUUGUGUAGGUCAAAGGUCAAGGUCACUAAAAUUUAAAUUUAAUUUUUAAGUCGAUUUUUCUCAAAAAAGUGUAUUUUUGAUAUUUUUUGUGUAAAUGCAAAAAAUGUAGCUCAUGAAAUUCUGCUUCUGGUGGGUGAUUUUCAGAAUGGCAUUAUUUUUAGUUUUUCUGCAAUUCUUGUCCGAAGAUCGAAAAACGCGUUUUUUUCGAUACUCGGCAUUGGCGAACUUUGGUAUUUUAGCGAUAUUAAGAAAUAUUUCUGACAAUUUAUGGUCUAUGAGGUUUCUCCUAGUAUUUUAUUCACAGAUUUUGAAAAUAUUCCCAAAUAUACCAAAGUUUGCCAAUGCCAAGUAUCGAAAAAAACGCGUUUUUAGAUCUUCGGACAAGAAUUGCAGGAAAACUAAAAACAAUGCCGUUCUGAAAAUCACCCACCAGAAGCAGAAUUUCAUGAGCUACAUUUUUUGCUUUUACUCAAAAAAUAUCAAAAAUAUACUUUUUUUGAGAAAAAUCGACUUAAAAAUUAAAUUUAAAUUUUAGUGACCUUGACCUUUGACCUACACAAAAAUGGUCA